UGUGGGAGCGGCGCUGAGAUGGCGGCGGCCGCCGCCGGGCUGAGCUGGAGGCGGGUGUCCUCCUUCACGGGGCCGGUGCCACGCUCCCGCCACGGGCACCGCGCGGUCGCCAUCCGAGAGUUGCUCAUCAUCUUCGGCGGCGGCAACGAGGGCAUCGCCGACGAGCUGCACGUCUACAACACGGUUACAAAUCAAUGGUUCCUUCCUGCUGUUAGAGGAGAUAUUCCUCCAGGCUGUGCAGCACAUGGAUUUGUUUGUGAUGGUACCAGAAUACUAGUUUUUGGAGGAAUGGUUGAAUAUGGAAGAUAUAGCAAUGAUUUAUAUGAAUUGCAGGCCAGUCGAUGGCUCUGGAAAAAAGUAAAACCUCAAGCUCCUUCAAAUGGAUCACCACCCUGUCCUCGGCUUGGCCACAGCUUUUCUUUGUAUGGUAACAAGUGCUAUUUAUUUGGUGGCCUGGCAAAUGAAAGUGAAGAGUCAAAUAAUAAUGUUCCCAGAUAUUUAAAUGAUUUCUAUGAACUGGAGCUGCAACAUGGGUCUGGUGUGGUCGGCUGGAGUAUUCCUGUGACCAAAGGAAUCUUGCCAUCUCCCCGAGAAUCUCACACAGCCAUAGUGUACUGCAGAAAAGAUGUGGGAAGCCCAAAGAUAUAUAUUUUUGGAGGCAUGUGUGGCUGUCGGCUUAAUGAUCUCUGGGAACUUGACAUAGAAACCAUGACCUGGUCAAGACCAGAAACCAAAGGGACAGUACCACUUCCUCGCAGUCUCCAUACGGCCAAUGUAAUAGGAAACAAAAUGUACGUUUUUGGUGGAUGGGUUCCACAGUCAGCAGGAGGUGAAAUUUCUGCUCCUGAUGGUGAAUGGAAAUGCACUGGUUCCUUUUCUUACCUUAAUUUGGAUACCACAGAAUGGAUAGGUCUGAUCUCAGAUUGCCAGGAGGACAAAAGUAACUUGUUACCAGGGCCAAGAGCAGGACACUGUGCUGUAGCUGUUGGCACUCGUCUGUAUAUCUGGAGUGGUAGAGAUGGUUACAGAAAAGCUUGGAACAAUCAAGUUUGCUGCAAAGAUCUUUGGUACCUUGAUACUGAGAGACCUCUAGCACCAUCACAGGUACAGCUGAUCAGAGCUACAACCAACUCUUUUCAAUUGAAGUGGGAUGAAGUACCUACAGUUGAAGGAUACCUUCUUCAAUUACAUGCUGACUCACCAGUGCCACUGGUGGCUGGAAUUCCUGGUACUGGCAUUCCUGAGACAUCAGUGCUGAGUUCGCAAGGUGGUUGUUCUCUCCAUCAGAGUCCACAAUCAAUGCCUAGCAUCCCUUAUGCAGAAAUGAAGGUGGAUCAUCCCAGCCAAACAAAUAAUCUCAUUCCUAAUAAUGUCCAAGUUGCCCUUUCAUCCAGUUCAAAAGUAGAAGGAAAAGAAAAGGUUGCAGCACCUGUAAACAAGGUUACACAGGAGACUAUGAAAAACCACACCGAUGCUACAGGAUUCAAAGAAUCAAAUGCCCCUUCUCUUUUGCCUGUUUGUGCUUCUUCAAGUAAGAUGACUAUGGAAAAAAAAAUAGAGGAAAAAAAAAGUGCUCAGACAUCAGCAAAUAUAGGUGAAUUACAUGACUUGGACAAACAAAGUGUAAAUCCUGAUGCUUCUGUAUCCAGUACUGUCUCCAGCACACAAACUAUGGUAACCCAGCAGGCUGUUAAAACUGAACCAUCAAGUACAAAUGGGGCAGUUGUUAAAGAUGAAACUUCACUAACAACAUUCAAUUCAAAAUCUGAAGCUGCUGAAACUGCUUAUGUCAUGCCUUCAACAAGGGUCAGUACUGGACAGACAAAUGAUUCACACUCUUCUAGAGCUCCCCAGAGGCUGCCAGCACCAGUGAAAACCAGGGACCGCCGGUGGUAUGAUGUGGGAAUUUUUAAGAACAACAGUGCUGUGGUGAGCCAAUUCUACUUGCUGCCAGAGGAAACACUGAACAUCAAUAGCAAGAUGGAAGGUGCAGAUGUACCAGACUACAGAUUACUUAAGAAACAAGAUCUGUUUCCUGGCACAGUGUACAGAUUCAGAGUUGCUGCAAUUAAUGGCUGUGGUGUUGGGCCUUUCAGUAAAAUCAGUGAAUUCAAGACGUGCAUUCCAGGUUUUCCUGGAGCUCCUUCAACAGUCAAAAUCACCAAGAGUAUAGACUGUAUUCAUCUUUCUUGGGAGCCUCCUGCUUCACCCUCUGGAAAUAUUUUAGAAUAUUCUGCCUACUUAGCCAUCCGUUCCACGCAAUUACAGGAAAAUCCAAGUCAACUUGUAUUUAUGAGGAUAUACUGUGGUCUUAAAACAUCUUGCAUAGUGACUGCUGCCCAGCUUUCCAAUGCCCACGUGGAUUACACCUCCCGGCCUGCCAUAGUGUUCAGGAUUUCAGCCAAGAAUGAGAGAGGCUACGGCCCAGCCACGCAGGUUCGGUGGCUCCAAGAUAUGAAAACAUCAGGCUCAAAGUAGAAAUGACUUAAUAAAUCUCAAUUUUCAAAUGUAGUGUUUAAUGUAACUCUUGUACUAUUUGUAAAUGCUACAAAUAUUUUAUUUUUGCAUUGUUUUUAUCUUAAAAAUAUAUAACCUUUUUUACGUUGACACAUUGAUGUUGUAGAGCCUUGCUCAGGUAUGAGUAUCAUAUAGAAAAUAUAUCCAAGAUGGUGGGGUGGAGAAUUGCUCUCUGUCCAGCAGCUCUUUUUGGUAGUGACAAGUUAAAAUGUAAAGAAGACAGAGUUUCAAAUCAAAAAUGAAUAAAAGAAUUGGCACAAGUAGUAGUAUUUGAGGUAGAGUCCCCGGGAUUGCUACAGAUCUUGCAUAGAUAAUUCAUAAGAUUUGGGAUAUGAGCAAAUUCUGUUUGGUUUCUGUUCCCUAUAUCACAUUCUUCAUUCUGGUGCCUGAGUACAAGGCAAAAAUUUCCAGUUAUUAUAUAGUAACUUAAAAUGUAUAAAUAUUUUAAUAUAUACUUCUUUUGUAAAGAAAUGAUUUUUUCUACUAUUUGUAACAAAUAUCCUAAUCUUGAAAAAUAUCCCCUGAAAAUUUAAAAGGAAAAAGAUAAACUUAUCCAUUGCUCUUAUUACAAAAAACUUAAAUUCAUUGUAAAUGCACUACUAUUACUUAAAAUUAUCAUUUUGUAGUUGUACAAAUCUUAAACUUGUAAAUACCAGUGUUUACAAGAGACCUUUCUAGUCUUGUAUUAAAACAUCCAUGAGAUUUAUUAUCUUUUUUUUUUAAUCCAUAUGCUUUGCUUUUAGCAUAUGCUUGCUUUUUGCACUAAUAAUAACUUACCUCAUUCCUGUGUUAGUAAUCACUUGUGUUGCUUCCAUAAUGUUUCUGUAAAACUUCAAUCUGAAAAUUUUAACCAAAGUUUAGAAUACAUGGUAAGCAAUUUUGCACAUAUUAUAUGGCAACUUUCAACAUAUUUAUUGCAGUUAAUCUUCUUAAGUGCUUGUUUGCUUUACCAAUAUAUUCUACCAAUCAAGUUCAGUAUCUCCCUUUUACUAUGCAUCAUUUUACAUUAACUAGCUAGCUGAUAAAAUCAACAAGCAUUACUUCUAGGAAUAGGUUGAUCCAUUCCUAUGGGAAAAGAGAAAAGUAAAGGUAAACAUUUUAAAUGUUAUUUAUGUAUCUGUAUAUAAAACUAUGUUUACCAAAGUGUAGAGGCUGAGUUGGACAAGGUCACUAGGUGAAUAGAUUGAGGCACCUAAAUAAGAUUUAUUUUAAAAUAAAAUCUAAAUUAUUUACUGUGCAAUGAAGUUUAUACUUUGCACUUUAAUUUUGCCCCAAAUGCCAAAAGAUUAUACAUCAAGGUAGAAUUUCUUGCCUCUUCCAGUAAAAUUUGUCUUAAGAACGUUUGUAAAUAUAUAAACUAAAAUCAAUGAUGUGCCUGGUUUGGUGGGAGAAGUAUCACUAAAAUAGUAGAGAUUUAGCAGCUCAAGUCUCCCAGAGCAGAUUUAACAGCCAAGUGUUGGCUCCCCUGUGAAUCGGGGUUGUAAUGAAGUGCUGGUACAGCCUUAAUUAUCGCAAUGUAUCACAUGCUCCAAUAGCAUCAAGAAAGUGCUAGGGACCAUAAAUGGCUAUAAUAGUGUUAAUUGUGGCACAGGAGUAACACAUGUGGUUUGACUCCAGAGAAGAAUCGUGUUUUUAUGACAAUGACAGAUAUCCCAGUUUCACUUUAAACAGUGUUUAUAGUAUGAAUGUAUAGGACUUUUCCUGAAGUUAACUGGCUUUAAGAUAUUUGUGUUUUAAUGGCCCAUUUCGUCAGGUAGGAUCUCACUACCAAUACUGUCUGAUAACAAAAGUACCAUACAAAUGAACUGUCUACUAGAAGAAUAGAACUUGGUUUUUCUUAUUAGUACUGUGAAAGAAGCCUUUAGAGAAAAUACUUGUGGCUUUGAUUUUGUUGGUUGAUAGCUGUGAUUGUAGAGUUGUUAUUUAAGAAUAAAACCUGUUGGGUGUGUCUGGGUGGAGUUUUUUUGCACUUGGUUUCACAGGCUUUGCACAAUUUCUUUUUUCAGUGGAUGUGUCAUGACUACCAAAGGGUAAAACUGUGGCGUUUUCAAUGAAAGUAUAAUUUCCUUGUGAGUGUGCUUUCUUCAGCUGACCUGACAUAAGAUGUCACUUUUUUUUUUCCAAAUUGGGUAAUGUUGAAUAGUGAUCAUAUGCAACUCUUCAGUUGCUUACAGUUUUACUUUAAACUGAAAUUGUGGUACACACUGUAAAAUACACUUUUUGGUCUGUUUUUAGAACUGUAUUUAUAAUGUCUAAAUCCCACCUGUUUGCCUAUCAACUAGAUAUCAGACAAAUAUUGAUUGUUUGAUUUUAAAGUUUAGAAGACUGUUGACACCAGCUCUUUGAGACUCCAUGUUAUCCAUUUAUUUCAGAUACUGCUAAAGGACAUGCAACAGAAGCUGAAAUCUAGCAGAUUACUAUAUCCAUAUUGUAGAAAUGUCUAGGUUUACUGAACUUCUUAGGGAGGUUGUGACUGUGUAAGCAUAGGACAGUUGUGCCAGUUAUGGCAGGCACUGCUACAACUUCAGAAUGUCCUUGUGAAAGUGGAAAUGAAGUGAACAAUAACUUACACUUUGUGUUUUCAAAGUAAUUAUAGCAAUAUCUUUUGAAUGUAGUUUGGAGUAGAGCACAUGAUCAUGCCAUAAACUCUGAAGAUGUAGUAAGUAUUACUGUUGUUUUCUGAUUAUUUCAGGAUAGCGAAUUUGAUGUGAACCUAAUCUUACAGCCUGUUACUUCAUGACCUCUACAAGGAAAUUGACAUUUUGUACAAUACAAGUUGAUUCGUCUUAUUUUGAAGCAUUGUUUGUUCUUUGUAAUAAAGUGGUUGUCCUAUCAAACA